CUCCUGCUGCUCUGUGUUAGUUGCCUGUUUGCACAAGCUCUACUACCCAAUGGAACUGAGUCACCCAAACCAAACACAACAACAAACUCCACCGAGGAGAACAAUGUGCAGAAGGACCUGCUCAUUUCCCUGCUGAUCCUGGGUGUGGUCAUCAUCUUCUGCUUCGUGCUGGUGGUGUACUUUGCCAGGUUCAGGAGACACAGGAAAGCUGUGGUGAACUCGGGCGACAAGAAGAUGCCGAAUGGGAUCUUGGAGGAACAAGAACAGCAACGGGUCAUGCUGCUCAGCAGGUCUCCCUCAGGCCCAAAGAAGUAUUUCCCUAUCCCAGUAGAGAAUCUGGAGGAGGAGAUCCGGAUCCGAUCAGCAGAUGAAGGGAAGCUCUUCCGGGAGGAGUUCAAUUCCUUAACACCUGGAUAUGUGCAGGGAACGUUUGAGAUGGCAAAUAAGGAAGAAAACAGGGAGAAAAACAGAUAUCCCAACAUCCUUCCAUAUGAUCAUUCCAGAGUGAUCUUGACCCAGAUUGAUGGUGUUCCACCUUCAGACUACAUUAAUGCCUCAUAUAUAGAUGGCUAUAAAGACAAGAAUAAAUUUAUAGCAGCACAAGGGCCCAAGCAAGAAACAGUCAAUGACUUCUGGAGGAUGAUUUGGGAGCAGAAAUCAGCCAUUAUUGUCAUGUUAACCAACCUGAAGGAAAGGAAAGAGGAAAAGUGUUACCAGUACUGGCCUGACCAAGGCUGUUGGACUUAUGGCAACAUCCGUGUGUCAGUGGAGGAUUGCAUUGUGCUGGUGGACUACACCAUCCGCAAGUUCUGCGUGCAGUCGCUUCAUGAUGGUUGCAAAGCCCCAAGACUCGUCACACAGCUUCACUUCACUAGCUGGCCUGACUUUGGGGUGCCUUUCACACCUAUUGGCAUGCUGAAAUUCCUCAAGAAGGUCAAAACAUUGAAUCCUGCCCAUGCUGGCCCAAUUGUGGUUCACUGCAGUGCUGGGGUUGGUCGCACAGGCACCUUCAUCGUCAUCGAUGCCAUCAUAGACAUGAUGCACGCAGAGCAGAAGGUUGAUGUCUUCGACUUCGUGUCCAGGAUUCGCAACCAGCGACCACAGAUGGUUCAGACUGACAUGCAAUACUCCUUCAUCUAUCAAGCCUUACUUGAAUACUACCUCUACGGUGACACAGAGCUCGAUGUGUCUUCCUUGGAAAAACACCUACAAACAUCCCACAACGCAGCACCAAACCUGGUCAAAAUAGGGCUAGAAGAAGAAUUUAAAAAGUUAACAAACGUUCGGAUCAUGAAAGAGAACAUGAGAACUGGCAACCUCCCAGCAAACAUGAAGAAAGCAAGAGUCAUCCAGAUUAUCCCAUAUGACUUUAACAGAGUGAUCCUGUCCAUGAAGAGAGGACAAGAGUACACAGACUACAUCAAUGCUUCCUUCAUAGAUGGCUAUCGGCAGAAGGAUUACUUCAUUGCCACGCAGGGGCCACUUCCACACACGGUGGAGGAUUUCUGGAGGAUGGUUUGGGAGUGGAAGUGCCACACCAUCGUGAUGCUCACUGAGGUUCAGGAGAGGGAGCAGGAGAAGUGCUGCCAGUACUGGCCAUCGGAGGGCUCUGUGACUCACGGAGACAUCACGGUGGAAAUCAAGAGUGACAGCCUGUUAGAUGCCAUCAGUGUCAGGGACUUCCUAGUCACAUACAAUCAGGGGAACCAGGAGAAGCAGAGCAGGCUGAAAGGCAUGAUCGACCUGAUUGCAGCUGUGCAGAAGCAGCAGCAGCAGACAGGGAAUCACCCCAUCACUGUGCACUGCAGUGCUGGUGCAGGGAGGACAGGGACCUUCAUAGCACUCAGCAACAUCCUGGAACGAGUGAAGGCUGAAGGGCUCUUGGAUGUGUUUCAAGCUGUGAAGAGCUUAAGACUGCAAAGGCCACACAUGGUGCAAACACAGGAGCAGUAUGAAUUCUGCUACAGAGUGGUACAAGAUUUCAUCGACAUAUUUUCUGAUUAUGCUAAUUUCAAAUGAGAAUUCUGCCUUAUUUUUUAAUUUGUCUG